UGCUGGGAAACAUCAAAUUUAUCGGCGAGCUUUGGCAAGCUUGACCUUAUUCAUGAAUCUAUCCUUCAUAAGUGCAUCAAAACACUUUUGGAAAAGAAGAAGAGGGUCCAGCUUAAAGACAUGGGAGAGGAUUUGGAGUGUCUCUGUCAGAUAAUGAGGACUGUGGGGCCUAGAUUAGACCACGAAAAAGCCAAGUCCUUAAUGGAUCAGUACUUUGCCCGGAUGUGCGCCUUGAAGACUAGUAAGGAUUUGCCAGCAAGGAUUCGUUUCCUGCUGCAAGAUACUGUGGAGUUGCGAGAAAACGGCUGGGUUCCUCGCAAAGCUUUCAUUGAUAAUGGACCAAAGACUAUCAAUCAAAUCCGCCAAGAUGCAGUGAAAGAUCUAGGAGUCUUCAUUCCUCCUCCAAUGUCACAAGGAAUGCGAACUGACUUCUUUUUGGAAGGGCCGUUCAUGCCACCACGAAUGAAGCUUGACAGGGACCCACUUGGAGGACUUGCUGAUAUGUUUAGACAGAUGCCAGGCAGUGGUAUUGGUACUGGUCCAGGGGUUAUACAGGACAGGUUUUCCCCAACCAUGGGACGUCAUCGUUCAAACCAGUUGUUCAACGGGCAUGGUGGGCACAUCAUACCUCCUGUACAGUCCCAGUUUGGUGAAAUUGGAGGCAAACCUUUUAUGAAAAGCCAGGGGCAAGGCCAGAUGUUCCAGAGUCAGGGGCUCUUAUCGCAACAAGGGCAGUCAAAGGAUAUGCCUCCUCGGUUUAUUAAAAAAGGCCAGCUUAAUGCAGACGAGAUAAGCCUGAGACCAGCUCAGUCUUUUCUAAUGAACAAGACGCAAGUGCCAAAGCUCCAGCCUCAGAUGAGCAUGAUGCCACCUCGCACCCAGACACCACCCAUGGGACAGACACCACAGCUUGGCCUAAAAACCAACCCACCUCCCAUCCAAGAGAAACCUGCCAAGAGUGUGAAGAAGCCUCCACCAUCAAAGGAAGAGCUGCUUAAACUUACUGAAGCAUUUGUGACUGACUACUUGAAUAACGGUAACGCGGCAGAUGCCAUAAACAGCGUGAAAGAAAUGAGAGCUCCUAAACACUUCAUCCCGGAAAUGAUUAGCCGGAUCGUCCUGCAAUCCCUGGACCGCUCUGACGAAGACAAGGAGCGCGCCAGUGCACUGAUUGGUAUAUUGCGUCAAGAGGGAGUGGCCACGAGUGACAACUUCAUGCAGGCUUUCUUGACUGUGCUGGACCAGGGCCCCAAGCUAGAGGUAGACAUACCUCUGGUGAAAUCCUACCUGGCACAAUUCGCAGCCCGUGCCAUAAUAGCAGAGCUGGUGAGCAUUUCUGAACUGGCCCAGCCUCUGGAGAACGGCACCCAAUUCCCUCUGUUCCUGCUCUGUCUGCAGCAGCUGGCCAAACUAAAGGACAAAGAAUGGCUGACCGAUCUCUUCCAGCAGAGCAAAGUCAACAUGCAGAAGAUGUUACCAGAAAUCGACCAGAACAAAGACCGCAUGCUGGAGAUCCUGGAAGGGAAAGGACUGAGCUUCUUGUUUCCGCUGAUGAAACUGGAGAAAGAGUUACUUAAACAGAUAAAGAUGGAUCCUUCUCCACAGACCAUCUACAAGUGGAUCAAGGAUAACAUCUCUCCGAAACUUCAUGUAGAUAAAGGAUUUGUGAAUAUUUUGAUGACCCAGCUUUUACAGUAUAUUUCUAAUGAGGUUUGCCCAACGGAAGAUGCUGACCAGUCGGCAGCACCAUCUAAAGAGCAGCUGGAGCAGGAGAAGCAGCUGUUGCUGUCUUUCAAGCCGGUGAUGCAGAAGUUUCCUCCAUGACCAAUGUUGACCUGCAAGUCAGCGCCCCCUUGUAUGCACUCCAGGUGCACUGCUACCUCCCUUCUUCCCUAAAGGCAUUUGUUGCUCCGCUUCUUUGUCCAUUUCUAUGACAUGGAGAUAAUAGAAGAAGAAGCUUUCUUGGCAUGGAAGGAAGAUAUUACACAAGAGUUUCCAGGAAAAGGAAAAGCUUUAUUCCAGGUGAACCAAUGGCUAACCUGGCUGGAGACGGCUGAAGAAGAGGAAUCAGAAGAGGAAGCAGACUAA